AUGGAUGUCAGCUGUUUGACAUUCGCACCGGAGCGCUGCCCCCGCCGCCCGCCGCGCCCCCCGCCGCCGUCGCCAUUUUUAUCGAGCGGGCCCCGCGCCCCGCCGCCGCCGAGCCGGCGCUGCCGCCGCCCCCGGCCUGAGGGCCGCGAGGGGGGCGGCGGGGGGCGGCGCGGCGCGGGGAGCACGGCGCAAGCGCCCGCGCUCGCCUCGCCGCCGCAGUCUCGCGACAGCAACCGUCGAGCGCGCACGUCCGCGCGCCUCCGACCGCAAAAUCAGCUGAUCGGCGCGCGCCCCGCGGCGCACAUGCCG